UUAAAAGUCGACCUCGUAAGUGGCCGUCGUCGAACAUCAAAAUGAGCCCGAAAUUAAUUUUUUUGGCCUUUAUUUUUUUUUGCAUUGUGUUAUAAUAUAGAAGAUAUUACAGAUAUAUUCUGAUUUAUUUGUAUUUUUUGUAAAAUAAGUGUAGAAUUACUAAGUAUUUCAUAAAUAUUUAGAUCUUUGUUACAUACAUACUAGUUCAUUUUAUUGAACCUUGCCGCACGGCCGCACAGUGCGAUGAAACCCCGAUCUAGGUGGACAAUAUUAUUUAAGCCUCAAAACCGACUCUAGUAGGUCAUAUUAUGAUGUCAAAAUAGAAAUGAAAUGAAAGAAAUUACAAAAUCACAUUAAAAUUAAAAACCAGUAUAAGCUGACCUAUUGGUACUAAGAAUUACUACACGCGUGAAGGCCAAUUUAUAUUGGUCAUUGUUUUAGGCAGUACAAAUGUAGUUUUUGACACACAUUUUAUAUUCAUAUUAUUUUUCACAGCACUAUGAAGUAAAUAAAACAACACUAAUAAUUUAUGCGGUUUAUUAGGUAAGUACCUUACUCUGAAUCGCUAAAACUAGGCAAAUUAACGUCACGUAAACUGUCUUCAUUUCGUACUUUUCUAAUUAAGUCCAAAAUUUUGGAGUACGUCAUGGUACGUUUUUCAAUUGGUAUACGAUCUAAUUCAAAUGCAACCAAUUUUGAGAACUCAAUAUUCCUGGGGUCCGGUUGUUCUUCUGGUUGAGUCAAUUUCAAAAAACACGUUUGUGCUCGAACAUCCGAAGGGUCUCGUCGAUUCCUGCUAUAAAUAGCACAAUCCAAAAUAUUAUUGUUCUCAACUUGUGUAGCCUUAUCACUCUUAUCAGCUUUAGACGUUAGUGGCGAAGAUUGUUGUUCACAUAACUUGAUUUUUUUCGAAGGUAAACUUCCGGAAAGAAUACUUGGGGAUGUAGAUCUUUCUCUGUUUGACAUUAUUAUAUUUAAUUAUUCCGUAACAGUCACAAGCUCAGCAAGAUCACUAAUUCUAAAUAAAAUGACAACCAGCAAAAAAAAUCUAAAUCUACCCACAUAUUUUAAGUGAUUUUAUAGCUUGUUCCUGAUUAGUUAAAAGUUAAACUAUCCAUUUGAAAUAAAAACAAGUUUACCAACCUUAUAACGUAACGUAAGUAAAUUUUUAAUCUUCUUCGCUACUUUCUUCGUCAUCCGGCCGUGUACUUACUUUUCUACCUGCAUUAUGCAACCCUGCUGAUAACAGGACGCUCUAUAAGAUGGUACGAGUGCGAACGAGAUAACACGAUGCUAAUAUUGCUAAUCCAUUUGUUUUCAAUUUGAACCUACUUAAGUUUACUCGCUCUUCAACCUUUGUUGUUUGUUGUUGUGUGUGUUUUUUUAAUUGAACAGUGGAUUUUGUUUUGACAUUGGCUUGUUAUACGGACUUGGAUAUUGUUCAUACGAUUAAAUUGGCGUGACUUAAGGACUAUAGAUAUUGCUGUGCCUGAGGAUCAACUAUUUAUACGGUAAGUAAAAUUUACUAAUAUUACUUGUAUAAAGGGCUAAAUGUGACUACAUACCUAUUGAAAUACAUAUUCAGGAGUCUUGCAGGACUUAGUAUAGUGAAACUAAACGAAACAAUGUUUUGUACUUGUACAGUCGAUGUCAAAGAGAUCUUUACGACUAACGUUACAAAAAAUUAUUUACACGACUUUAUUGUCAUAGCAUUUAGGUCGUGUAAACAUUUUUUUGUUACUUUGGCUGUAAAUUUCUCUUUGACGUCGACUGUACAUUAUAUAAAUAUAAUACUUUAAAUAUAUGUAAAUUACCACGCGACAUACGACUAAGUUGAAAAAAGAUCUAUUUGUACAAGACUAAUUUAUUUCAGUAGGUAUUUAGACACAUAAUAAACGAUUGAACUAUUACGAAGUGUAAAAAUUAAUUAAUCCUCUUGGUGUUACUUUCCCAAAUGGUUUUAAUAGAUUAUUUUGACCUGUGUAGGCUUAGCGUUAAUACUCUAUACAACACGUUGUGUUUUUAUUCAUGAUUUGUGUCUAAGUAUACAAACGAUACUGUAAUGAUUUUGUCAAAAAAUACUCAGUUUGUUUGUUACUUUUUUUCUAGUACUACUGAAUUUACGCUAGCAGCGUGAAUUACAAGAUGGCUUCUGAUGGAUCUGUAAAAACCUGGAUGAUGAUUUGGAUGAUGAAGAUUAUCCUGAACUUUAUCAUGACCCUGCUAGUAAAACGAUUUACUGUUAAAAGUGCGAGAGCAGUAUAACAUCAAAACUAAGCAGUCUCAAGAGGCAUAUAAAUGGACCGAAACAUCAAGGAACCAGUAAGAAACCGAAUGAAGAUAUUUAUUUUGAUCUUAUAGAGUUUUUAAUUAUGUGCAACAUACCUUGGUUUCAAGUAAAUCAACCCAGUUUUAAAUCCUUUUUCCAAAAAUAUAUUUGCUGCAAUUGUAGUAAUCGUAAAACUAUUCCAGAUGAAUCGUUACUGUGGAAAGUUUACUUGGAUCUUUUUUUCAAAAAGAAAUUAAGAUCAAUUUAUGAUAAUAUUUCUGGUCAAAAGCUUUGGAUUUCUUUGGACGAAACCACUGAUUUUCUUGGUCGAUAUAUUGUUAACUUUUUAGUAAAACCUCUAAAUGGUUGCUCACAAAAACCAUUUUUAAUAGCGUGUAAAGUUCUGAAAGUUGUCAAUGGAAAUACAAUAAGUGAAUUUGUGGUUGAAUGUCUACAAAAUAAGUGGCAAAACUCAUAUGAAGACAAAGUAGGAGAUGUUUUAGUUUUGUGUACUGACAGCGUAGCAUAUAUGUUAAAAGCAGGGAGACUUCUAAAGCAAUAUCUGCCAAAUAUGAAGCAUGUUACAUGUUUAGCACAUGCUCUUCAUCGCGUAUCAGAGAAAAUACGGGAUGAAUACUCAGAUGUUAAUGUUUUAAUAUCAAAUGUAAAGAAGGUAUUUUUAAAAGCCCCUAACAGGGUAAAUAUAUUAAAGGAGAAUUUUCCUAAUAUGCCUCUUCCACCUCAACCUGUUAUAACAAGAUGGGGCACUUGGUUGGAAGCAGCUUCAUAUUAUGCCAAAUAUUAUGAAGAAAUUAAGACAGUUGUAGGGCUAUUAAGAAGUUCCGAGUCAAUAUCAAUUAGAAAUGCUAAAAAUAUUCUUAAAAAAGCGAAUUUAAAAAAUGACGUAAUGUACAUUGACGAAUAUUAUAGAAUUAUUCCAAUUGCUUUAAAGUCCAUACAAACAUCAAACUUGUCUAUAGUACAAGCGUUGGAUAUAUUUGACGAAGUAAGGGCCGUGCUGGGGUGGUGUUCAUCUGAACUAGUCAAGCUUAAACUUGAAUAUGUCAUAAAUAGGAAUCCCGAUCUCGAUGUAAUUAGAGGCAUCCGUGACGAUAUUGUACUGGAUAAGCAGGAAGAGAAUCCGUCAUUAUCGAAUUACAACUUUGUACCUCUUACCUCUGUUGAUGUUGAAAGGUCUUUUUCUAUGUAUAAGUGGAUUUUAAAUGUAAAAAGAAAUUGUCUGAAAGUCGAAAACAUGGAAAAACUUAUGGUUAUUUAUUAUAAUUCUUUAAGCAAUAACUUUAAUGAUAAUAGUACUGAUACUGAUGAUAUUUUUGAUGUUGAUGAUGAUGAUACCGAUUGAAAGAUGUUUAUUUAGUACAAAUUUGUAUACAUUAAAUGUUUGAAACAUAUGAUAACCAGUUUUUAUUUCAAUUACCUCGUUACACACAUACACAUUACAUUUUUGAUCGAUUUUCUACACAGUACGUUAUAUGUCACGACACGCAUUUUUCUGAAUUAAACUAUUGAAUUUUACUAAUAAUUUGACGCCUAGUCUGAUUAUAUGUCGAUUAGGUACUCUUAUGAAUCCCGGGAAAUCCCGCGAACAAUAUUAAUAAAUAAUAUUUUUUGGUGGUUGUAACCACUCUUAGUUAGGUCCUCAUCUGAAGUUUAGGUAAAUAGGCACUACCUAUUCCGAGCACUGAAUGUAACUGAUCGUAUUUGAUUCAUAUUUGUUACAUAUUUGCCGUGACUUAUUUUCAAAACGUGUUUUUCAAUUAAAUGACACAUCAAGAUUGUUUACCUUAUUACUAAUGCUAUAAAAACGAACUAUUGGUAUCUACCAGUCGCAAAAAACUCAAUUCUUUCGAUUGCUAUCGG